CUGAACUGCAUGCCAGUGUCUAGGGUAGUUCAAAAUGUCGGUUGUCCAAUCUGCUAAGCGCCGUCGCAAGGACGCCUUUGAUCCCACGGCUGUUGCCGCAACAAUAUCUCUUGGGUCGGACAUCAUACCAGAUUACCUACAUAGCGUCGGGGCAUGGAUAUCUCACUACAAAAUGAGCGACUGGUCCGUGAAUCAAUUGGUUGUAAUCACGUCGACACUCAGUGCAUCGGUUGCAACUGGAGGUGCUACGUCUAACGCUGAUCAGGAUCAGAGAGCUACGAUGAUCUGGGACGCGGACACGGCAGCAUGGGACGAGUAAUCUACCCGUAUGUGAAAAACGUUUGGUAGGUCCUAUGUCUCUUGUUCAGUACUACUAACAGGUGUGAUAGAGGUAUUGCAGUACACUAUCUACUUCUACAUUAACAGGUACACAGCUGCGGUAUUCCUUGCGCACCAAACUUGUGGGCUGCUGCCUACUGGAGAGAUUACGCCAGCGACUUCCUGGCCUUCGGUUACGAUACUUGCUCCAACACUUGCGCGGUUGGCAAUGCGUCCAUGCUUCCAAAAUGCGGCGCUAUCGCUCGAACAGAAAUGGAUUAUGGCAAUAUAGAGCUUGGGUAUAGAUACAUGCCUACAACUGUGGCAGCAUACAAUACCAAUACUGAUUCUCGUCUAAUACCGUUCGAGCAAUGCAAGGAAUCAAAGCCACGGCGGACAGUAUUGUAGGUCUCAGCUUUACGCCUCCCGCAAGCGGCUCUCACAGCGUGUGGACCAAUCUGCGACCAGAUUGUACAGACCAUGGCAUUGCCCUACCUGAGUUCGGACCCUCCAUUACCACCCCACUUGCGAGUGUUGAUUACAUCAUUGGCCAUCGUGGUAUUCCACCGCUCCCGAUACAUACGCCUGAGCCUGAGUUUACUGCAAAUGAACCGCACCCGCGGAUUUCAAAACCCCGUGGCUUGGCGGCUGAGAC